UGACUUAUUGCAACGGCGCCCUCCUUAAUGAAGGCCGUGUGAAAAAAACACCAUCAUAAUACUUAAAAGUAUUUAUUAGGAGAUAAAUAGCUGACAAACAUGUACUGGAAAUUGUAGUGAAAAAAUGAAUUCUCAUUUAUUAUCUGCUUUAGAUGCUGAGGAAUCUACUAAUGGUAAAGGUUUUGCUUCAGCCAUUAAUUAUGGAGAUGAUGUAAUAAGCUCUGACAAGGACGAGGAAGAUGAAGAUGAUGAGAUCAUUAUUGUUGAUAAAGACAAAUCAGGAUACUCGCUGAGGACAACUGGGCCUCCCCGUCCACAGCCACCCUUGUCCAGGCAGCACAAAGAUGCACAGGAUUUUAGCAGCAAGGACAUAGGUAGAAUACCGAAGAUCUCGUCACCUAAAACCUCUGUGACCUUACCAAAAACAAGGAACAAUACUGCUAAAACCUUCCAGUCUUACAAACCAUCUAACAGUGAAUUGGGCAACAGACAGAAAUCUCAGAAAAGGAGCAGGAACGAUGACAAUUCUGAAAAAAACAGUCCAGGAAAAUCAACAGAAAUCCAACAACCAACCAUUACUUUAUUUAAAACAUCUAACCAAUUGGAACCAAUUAUAAUAGUCAACUCAGCAGGGAAGAUAGGGAAUAGAGAACUAAUUCAGGGAGUAUUGCAGAUAUCUACCAAAACUGGUCAAAAUAGCACAAAAACAUAUCGUAUUAUUCCGCAUAGUCAACUUGUGACGGAGGCCUCCAGCAAUGCAACUGAGGUUGUAGACUUAAGUGGAACACCACAUGCUAAGAAUGCAUUACCAACUCAGAUGACUCCUGCACCUGGUAAAUGUCAGAAAAUAGAAGUCAUAUCUCGUCUUAAGAAACUGAAGACAACUCCUUCAUCGUCGUCAGCAACAGAGGAUAGCAAAACAGAAAUUGAUGAUGAUGAUGAUGAUGGUGAGAAAGAUUUCAUUCAUUGUGCAUUGUGUGCAAAUUGUGGCAUCAAGUCCAAAAAUCUGAACAAGUGUGAUUCCUGUAAAUGUAAUUUCUCAAAGAAGAAGUAUCAGAAACUAAUCCCCAUUCCAAAGGAGGAUGCAUCUGGGAGUAAAAACAAUGUACCCUUAACCCCUGGCUCAUUGCCAAUCCAAAGAUUUUAUCCCAAUAAGUCUAACACAUUUUUGUUGCCUGUGAAAAAACAGCAGCCUCCAUCAACAUCGAAGUCUGAUAACUGGAAAGAAAAACCUCGUCUGAAGACAUACUCACAGAGGAAGACAAAAAAACCUGUACAGCCAGUGUGCAUAUCUAUAUCAAGUGAUGAAGAUGAUGAGGUGAUGAGUCAAGAUGAAGGAACGAGUAAUGGGUUGGAUACCGACAGCAGGUCCAGAUCACCCACAUUUGAACGAACCACACCUCAGCAAAGAAGCAAUGGAAGAGUACAACUAGAUUCAGUAUUUACAGACGAAGAAGAUUCAGAACUUUCCUGCUUUAGUCACCACCGAACAAAUGAUGGGGGAAGAAAUGUCAGUAGCCCAAGGGUGAGCAGGAAGCAAAAGAUGAGAGACCAGCACGAGAAGUUGCUAUCGGAUCAGAAGGAUAAAAGUAAAGCUGCAAAGUUUAAAGAAGAAGACUUGUCCGACUGUAGUCUGGACAGUGUGGAUAUAAACUUGCAGAAUUUGAGGUGUGUUUCCGUUGAGGCCACGCAUCUCAGAAUUGGAAGUCAAGAAUACAAGUCGCGUACCUGUGUUGAAUUCCUGUGGAAUCAAAUAGUUCUACAUCUAAGUGGUAGUCCAUCACGACUUGAGUUGAAGACAGCUGAGCUGACCUCGUGUGUGUUCUGUUUAAGUAGCUCGUUAUUUACCAUGUUUUUAAAAACAGUUCCAGCAGCAGGUGUCUGUAUCAGAAAUCGCCUUAAGAUGGACAACCAUUCCCGAUAUGAUCCUGGAAGCAAUGGUAAGUUUGUACACUGUUUUUUAACAAAGUUAACAAGGGUGAAUCAUUUACAGAGGCUGGCUGAUUAUAGUGGACCAAUUUUGGUUUGUGAUGACAUUAUGUAAUGAUGACACAUAAGA